CUUUGGUAAGCAUUUCCUGCAUCUUCUCUAUUCCUUUUUUGAGAUCUUGGAUCAUCUCUUCUAUCAUUAUUCUGAAUUCUUUUUCUGGAAAAUUGCCUAUCUCCACUUCAUUUAGUUGUUUUAUGGGAAGUUUAUCUUGUCUCUUCAUCUGGGACAUGACCCUCUGCAUUUUCAUUUUGACUAACUUUCUGUGUAAUGGUUUUCAUUCUAGCAGCUGUGGGAUUGUGGUUCUCUUCUGUCUGCCCUCAGGUGGAUGAAGCUAAGGGGCUUGUGCAAGCUUCCUGAUGGAAGGGAUUUGUGGUGGGAAAAACUGGAUCUUCCUUAGGCCCUAGUGUGAGUUCCAGCAUUCUCCUGUCGAUGGUUGUUCAACAUCUAGUUGAAAUUUUGGAGCUCUUGCAGGAGAGAUGAUUGAACCUUGAAGUGAUUAUUUGCUAAAGAAAAGAGCUUCAUAUAUGAUACAGUUGGUUUCACCAUAUGUAAAAGGAAAGACCGAUGUGAAUUGAAGAGAUGGGCAUCUGCAAUCAAACCACAGUGACUCAUUUUAUCCUCAUGGGGCUUUCUGAUCGCCCCGAGGUGCGCUACCCUCUCUUUGUGGUCUUUACCAUCAUCUAUCAGGUCACCUUGGUGGGAAAUGGAGUUAUUCUCUUGGCCAUUGGAACUGAGAAAAAACUGCACACACCCAUGUAUUACUUUUUGGCAAAUCUGUCCCUCUUAGACAUAUCCUGCCCAUCAGUUACUGUCCCCAAGAUGCUGGAGAACCUCUUGACUGAGAAGCACAGCAUUUCCUACAUUGGGUGUGCUUUGCAGCUUUACUUUCUGGUGGCCCUUGUGGGAACUGAAGUCUUCCUUCUCUCUGUCAUGGCUUAUGACAGGUAUGUGGCCAUCUGUUUCCCUCUUCGUUACACCCUCAUCAUUACCAAGGUUCGCUGUGUUCAGCUGACUGCUGGGACUUGGGUAGCAGGGUUUCUCAAUUCCCUCCUUCAUACAGUGUCCACAUUCCGCCUUUCUUUCUGCAAGUCCAACCAAGUUAACCAGUACUACUGUGACAUCCCACCAGUGGUCGCUCUCUCAUGCUCAUCCACCUAUGUGGCAGAAAUGCUUAUUUUGGUGGAAGCAGGCAUCCUGGGAAGCAGUGCCUUCCUGGUCAUCUUUAUCUCUUAUUUCUACAUCAUAUCUACCAUCCUAAAGAUCCAGUCAGCAGAAGGGAAGCGUAAAGCCUUUUCCACAUGUGCUUCCCACCUUCUGGUGGUCUGUUUAUUUGGUGGCACGACAAUAUUUACCUAUGUACGUCCCUUUUCCAGUCAACACUUCCCAGCAAGAGACAGACUCAUCUCCAUGUUAUAUGGAAUUAUUACUCCAAUGUUAAACCCCAUGAUCUAUAGCAUGAGAAACACAGAGGUGAAAGGAGCACUCAGAAGGCUCUUAUAUCAGAAAGUAUGUUUACAGCAAGUCUAAUGUUAAAAGGGAAGGACUCAGUGCUUAUUUUAGAAUGAAUACAUAGAAUAAUUUUAAUUGUUACAUAUGAAAUGCAUACUUGCAUACACUUAGAAAAUUUCACACAGGUGCAAAUGCAUAUAAUCUUAGUUAUACUUCUCUAUGGGGUUUCUCUGGUGGCUCAUUUGGUAAAGAAUCUGCCUGCAAUGCAAAAGACCUGGGUUUGAUCCCUGG